CAAGUUGUUUUACGGUAGAUUUGAGUCGGCAUGUAAACAGUGUAGCACACCAUCAACAUGUCCAGUGCAGCAAGAUGACUUGUAGCCAGUCGGUCAAAUAUAAUAAUUUCGUUAAAACAAACGAAAGCCGGACGUAGUUAUAUUGAACAGCAGCCAUGAAGCUGUACCAGGCUCUCUGGGAUGUCGGCAAGUUCAGGACCGUUUUCGACUUUGGCAAACGGGAAGUGGCUCACUGGUUCCCCGGACACAUGGCUAAAGGACUGAAGCAGAUGAGAGCCAGCCUCAAGAAUGUGGACUGCAUCAUAGAAAUCCAUGAUGCCAGAAUUCCCUUCUCUGGAAGAAACCCUGCGUUUCAGGAGACGCUAGAUGUCAAACCCCACCUGCUAGUUCUCAACAAAAUGGACCUUGCUGAUCUGUCCAACGAGCAGAUAAUCCUGAAGAAGCUAGAACACAAGGGGGUGAAGAAUGUUCUCUUCACAGACUGUUUAAAGCAGAGAGAUGACAACGUCAAAAAGUUGGUGCCAAUGGUGGUGGAAAUUAUUCAGAGAAACCCACGCUUUAACAGAUGUGAGAAUACUAAUUUUUGCCUGAUGGCCAUUGGAGUGCCCAACGUGGGGAAGUCCUCUCUUAUUAACUCACUGAGAAGAACAUACUUGAAAAAGGGUCGUGCAUCUCGAGUAGGUGGGGAGCCAGGUAUAACUAAAGCGGUCCUGACUAGAAUUCAGGUGUGUGAGCGACCCAUAAUGUAUCUGUUGGACACACCAGGAGUCUUGCCUCCUAAGAUUGAAAGUGUUGAAACGGGCAUGAAGCUGGCUUUAUGUGGAACUAUUCUGGACCAUUUAGUGGGUGAAGACAUUAUCGCUGACUACUUACUCUAUUCCCUGAACAGGCUCGGGAAGUUCAGUUAUGUGGAGAAAUACGACCUCCAGGAGCCCAGUGAUAACAUCCAGCAUGUCCUCAAACGCAUUGCUGUGAAACUUAGAAAGACGCAACGGGUCAAAGCCAUUACUGGAGUUGGGAACAUCACCAUCACUGUCCCGAACUACACAGCAGCAGCUUACGAUUUCAUAAGAGCCUUCAGGAAAGGAGAGCUGGGACAAGUAAUGCUGGACUGACCUGAGACAUUUAAUGAAGAAAACAGAGACUUUUUUGAGUGUUACCAGUUUGCCCUCAAACUGGAAGGAUUUAUAUUUAACCACAAAAGUGUCAUCAAGCGAAGACCGUCUCUGACCUCAUGCCUUUGACAUUUUGGGGACACGAUGCAGUCUGUUCUGUUUAUGGAUGAUGUACCUGCACUGCGUCCUUUGCUAAAAUAAAAUAAUUUAACCUGAUUCAGGUACAACAUUU